GUGUUCCUGUGGUGAUGAGCCAGAGGGACAGGAAGAAGGUCCAGAAGAAGAAGAAGAGAAGCUUCUACUACAUCACCAUGCUUCGUGACCCUGUGUCUCGCUACCUCAGCGAGUGGAAGCACGUGCAGCGCGGAGCCACCUGGAAAACGGCGCUGCACAUGUGUGACGGCCGACCUCCUACCCAGGACGAACUUCCUGCCUGCUACAACGGCGAGGACUGGACCGGCGUUCCUCUGGCUGACUUCAUGAACUGCCCCUCUAACCUGGCCAACAACCGUCAGGUCAGAAUGCUGGCCGACCUCAGCCUGGUGGGCUGCUACAACAUGUCCUCCAUGAGCGAGUUGGAGCGUGGACGCGUGCUCCUCGCCAGCGCCAAGGCCAACCUUCGCAACAUGGCCUUCUACGGCCUGACGGAAUUUCAGCGAAAGACGCAGUACCUGUUUGAGCGGACGUUUGGCCUGCGCUUCAUCAAGGCCUUCACGCAAAUCAACAGCACACGCGCUGCUAGCGUGGGAAUAAGCGAAAAGGUGCGGUGGCGCAUCGAGGGCCUGAACGCCCUGGACAUGGAGCUGUACGAGUACGCCAAGAAUCUCUUCCUGCUCCGCUACCAGUACAGCCGUCAGAGGCAGCACCAGGAGGAGCGACUGAGGAGGAGGCAGGAGAGGCGGGAGCAGCAGUCGUACAGGACCAUAUUGUCCAAGCUGUGGAAUCUGGGAGGUGGCGGAGGAGCAGGAGAAGGAGACUCAGAGGAAGGGAAGGUUCUGGAGACUGUGGCCACCACAGAGGACUACAGCAGCCAAGUGGUGAGGUGGUGAGGAGAACCAUGUUCUGUCU